CUGAUGUAGAAAAGUAAUUUUUGGGAAAUUCCAAAAAAAAAAGAAAAAAAUCAAUAAAAAUAAUCGCAGUUCAAGAUAUAGUUUAGACUUCAGACAAAAAAUAAAAUACCAAAAAAUGACCGUACGCGAUUAUUUUCGAAAGUUCCUAUUAAUGAACUGGAAGAACCACAAGAUACAGAUAUCAAAUCCCCUGGAACUGACAAUAUUGACCUUUUCAGCGCCAUUGUUCACCAUGUUUGCGGUGAUACUACGUUGUGUAAUACCCGUGGAUCAGAGAUCGGAUAAGGUAUACGAACCGAUCGAUUUGGAUCGAUCAUGGCUGGAGAUGAUCGACGCCCUGGAAAAUUCCCACAAAUCGGCCAUGGAACAGAACUAUAGCAGUAAUAUGUUUUGCCCGGAAAUGGUGAUUGGAUGGGCACCCGAACCCUAUAAUAUAUUCGAGGAGAUAAUGACGAUAGCGGCCAAGUCUCUGGUCGCCAUGAAAAUAUCAAAAUAUGUCAGUUGCGAGGAGCUGGAGGAAUCAGUUCGAUCCGACCAUAUAUUUGCUGGCAUUUGUUUCGAUAAUGCCCACUUCGAGGUGGACUAUAUCUUCGAGGACGGUGUCCUGGCCAGUGAUAUGUCCAUAAAACCGGUACUCAACUAUACGGUCAUACUGCCCAGUGAGUUGCGGCAAUCGGAGGGUAUAUUUUCGAUGGCCAAUUGGAUGACACUCUACAAGGACGAUCCCACGGACUAUAUCCUGAAUAGACUAAAUCAGCCCUAUACGGGGGGCUAUGUCGGUUAUGUCCGUGAGGGAUUUAUUCAAAUGCAGAAAACGAUCACCGAAUCCUUUCUUCAGGUGAUUAGCCGUAAAAAGCUACCGAAAGUGGUUUUGCGUCGUUUUCCCGUUCUGGCCAGAAAAGAGGAUUCAUUAAUGCUCUUUUUGGAGUAUGGCUUGGCAUUAUUGGUAAUAAUGGGCUAUCUAUUUCCAUCGCAGUUGCUAGCUUGGCAAAUGGUUCAGGAAAAACAAUCAAAUUUACGUCUAUAUCUCAUCAAUAUGAACAUUGGCAACUUUAUACACUUUAUAUCCUGGUAUUUUAAAGGACUUCUCUAUUUAUUUAUCAGUUCCGCCAUUGUUACGCUACUUUUAAAGGUUCACUGGAGUAAUGAUCAUGCUGUUUUGACCCAAACGCCCUGGUACAUCCUGUUACUUGUACUGAUGACCUAUAACUUGUCCAGCACUGCCAUGGUUAUGAUGAUAGCGUCCUUUUUCCGGGACACCGUUCAUGCCGUUCGUGUGGUUACCCUUGUCUGGGCGAUAUCCUAUAUGCCAUCGUUUGUCCUCUGGAAUAAUCCAAAUGUUAAGAUCCAGGCUCUGCGAUAUUUAUCCUACAUUCUGCCCAAUGUCGUUGCAAUGAUGGUAUUCGAGUGUAUCGUUGAACGUGAAAUGCUCUUUCAAAAGUACUGGGAUAAUUUCUCAUACGAUCUGAACUAUAAUAAUGGCCCGAUAUCGGUGCAGACGAGUACAUGGGUAUUUUUAACCGAUUGUUUGAUCUUCACUGUCGUUGGUUUGUACAUGGAUAUGUGGCGUGGCGUGGAUCGAACCAGCCAAAAGACGAAGAAACCGACGAAUCGAUUAAAUAGUUUGAGCGAAGAUGGCUAUCAUGAUCGCGGCGAUAGUUUCACCCAUCAGGGUCAGGGUAUUGGUGUCAAUUCUACCAAAAUCUAUGAAGUCGAACCGUCGCAUCGACGAUUUAAAGUUAAAAUUAAAAAAGUAUGCAAACGAUUCGGGCCCAACGAUCGUCCGGCCUUGAAUCUUUUCACGUGGAAUGUCUACGAGAACGAGGUCACCGUCCUAAUGGGACACAAUGGUUGUGGAAAGACCACUUUGCUCAAGAUUCUGGCCGGUCUACUGGAACCCACUCGUGGCACUAUCAUGGUUUCCAAUUAUAAUAUCCAAACAGAACGUAAAUCGGCCUCCAUGGAACUGGGUAUUGCCUUCAACAGUGAAGUUCUUCUCUCCAGUCUCACUGUCAUGGAUAAUUUGAGAUUUGUUUGCCGUGUGAAGGGAAUGCACAGUUCCACGGAAAUCGAUGAGCAGGUUAACUUCUACAUGUCCACUCUGCAACUGGAUGCUCUGAAAAAUAAACGUCUACGAAAUCUGACGCCUCGUGAUAUGUGCUUGGUCUGUAUUUGUGGUGCUUUUGUGGGACAUAGUCCCAUUAUUCUGAUCGAUGAUAUACACUCGGACCUGGACAAGGCCUCCCAGAAUCUGGUUUGGGGCCUGAUCAACGAGGAGAAGUCUCGAAGGACCAUUAUUCUGGUCUCGAACUCACCGGUAUUGGCCGAAAAUAUAGCCGAUCGUAUGGCCAUUAUGUCCAAUGGAGAACUCAAAUGUACGGGAACUAAACCAUUUUUGAAGAAUAUGUAUGGUCAUGGUUAUAGAUUGACCUGCGUAAAAGGCCGACAUUGUAAAAUUAGAGAACUUAAUGCCUUGAUGGGCAAAUAUAUGCCAAAUCUAACGAUUGAAACAAACAUUGGCUACAAAAUAACUUUUGUUUUGGAGAAUAAAUACGAGGAUCAGUUCCCAUUUCUCAUCGACGAUCUGGAAGACAAUAUGGAGAGACUAGAUGUGGUUAGUUUCCGGAUAAGAGAUACCUCAAUGGAGGAGAUAUUCCUGAGAUUUGGAUGCGAGGAAAAUGAUCCGAUGGGCGGUACCCAGUCGUUGGAUAAUCCAAACACCCUGGUGGAUGAAUAUUAUGCGACAUUGGAUGAGGCGGACCGAAAGGGUAAACGCAAGGGCAUAAGGUUGGGUUUUCUACAAUGCAGAGCUCUUUUUAUGAAACGUUGGAUUUUAGCGAAACGUCAUUGGAUCGUGAAAAUCUUUGAACUCAUCGGGGUGUUGGUCGCCUUCUUGUGCACUUUUGCCGGUACCUUUAUUUAUGGCAAGAAUUAUGAACUGAUCCCAAUGACCUAUAACCUCAGUCAGUUACCAGCUAUUGAUGCUUUCGCUGAACUCUUCUCGAGCGAUAAAGCCUCCGUCGAUAUGCAUGCCUAUUAUAGGGAAUUACUUUACUGGUACGAUGCCAAUGUCCUGAAUUUGGGCAAGGCUGAUUAUGAAAAAUAUGCCCUAAUGAAUAACUCGGAACUGACUACCAAUGUCAACUACAAGUACAUGUUUGGAGCUACCUUUGACCGCGAACUGGUGACCGCCUGGUUCAAUAAUAUUCCACUUCAUGCUGCGCCAUUUGCUCUAAAUGUUGUCCACAAUGCAGUGGCCAGACACUUUUUCGACGAAGAAGCCACCAUCGAUGUCACUCUGAAACCCCUAAGAUUUGCCACAAAAGUCGAUACUUUUCCACCCGGCUCUCAUGGCGUGGGCAGUAUCUUGGCCAUUAAUGUGUGCUUUCUUCUGGGCUUCAUUUGGCCAGCUUUGUCCAUUUAUCUGAUUCGGGAAAGUUGUAGUUCAAUGAAAAGACAACAAUUUCUAGCCGGCGCCAAAUUUUGUACAUAUUGGACUUACACUUUUCUGUACGAUGGGAUGCUUCUGUCUUUUCAUACAUUGGUCUUGCUGGCCAUGGUAUCCAUGUACAUGCAUCCUAUUCAUAAUCUCUCCUUUUACUUUUUCUUCAUGCUGGUCUUCGUCAUGGGCUGCUUAUGGUUGAUUUUUUCAACCUAUUUAGUAUCUGCCAUCUGCUCGAAUCCCUGCUUGGGCUACAUGGGUCUAUGCUGUUUGUCCAGCCUGGGGGUAGUAUGCUUUACUUUGGUUUACACCCAUACCAUCAUCGAACCUUCAACUUCAUUGCAAAUAUUUGCAUUCUAUGUCGUGGCUGAAAUCAUUUUUAUACUUUUCCAAACACUCGAACACUCGAUAAUAUGCUCCGAUGAUUCCGUUAAGUUUGCCUCAAAAGUGGUCUAUAGUUGCAAGUCGGUGCCCAGUUGUUGCAAUGAAAUAAGCUUUACUGGCCCGACUAGUGGACUUACUAAUUUGUAUAUUGUGCUGGCAUGUCACUUGUUCUUCGUCGCUAUUGCAUUGUUCCUCAUUGAAUUUUAUUCGAUGAUGGGCUUUGGAUGCUGUCGCAGUGGUACCAAAAAUACAAUUCAUCUACCCGGUGGUGAGGAAAUGGCCAAUAGCUGGCUGAUUCGCAGUCAUGUGUCCAUGCCAACGGCAGAUACACCAGUUCAGACCGAACGCCAUCGGAUUAGUCGGAUACCGUCGAGGUCGAGGCCCGAUCAUGCCGCCGUCCUGUUGGGUAUUUAUGCCAAGAAGCGUAAUGUUGACAUUCUCAAUAAUUUGGAUUUCUAUGUGGAAAAAAAAGAAUGCGUUAACAUAUCAGGAUCUAAUAACUCUGGCAAGUCCACCCUAUUGAAAGUGCUAGUGGGUGAGACCAAGAUCAAGAGUGGUCGGAUCUGGAUCUGCGGCCAUUCGAUGGAGAGACAGCGCUUGAAGUGCUACCGCCUCAUCGGGUACUGUCCCCAAUGGGACACCCUGCCCUCGGAGUAUACGCCCCGGGAAUUGUUGCUUAUUAUGGCCCUGAUGCAGGGACAUCGCAGGAGCAUGGCCCAGGAACUAGCUGAUUCUUUGCUGCGAAUGCUGGCCCUUACACCCUGUUGGAACCAAUCGGUUGGUCAGUGUACCACUGGACAGAGUCGUCGUCUAUUAUUUGGAGUGGCUGUACUGGGCUCUCCAAAGCUCGUUCUAGUUGAUGGUGUACCGGCGGGCUUAGAUCCCACCGGGAAGAGGACCGUCUUCACGGUCACCUCACAAAUGCAAUCACGGGGAUGCAGUUUCGUGUACACUCACCUGAAUAAUUUGGAUGCGGAACGAUUGUGUCAACGUACUCCAAUCCUGGUGUCCGGUCAGCUGUGGAUGGUGGGGUCCUUCGACGAGGUCCAUCGAAACUACCAGGCUGGCUACCAACUGGAGGUUAGAUUCAAGCGAAAGGUCAACCCGAAUGUCAGCAUGUCCAGGACAACCUGGAAUCGAAUCAAUCACUUCCCCAUGUCGCCUCAGAAAAAGUUUAGCGCCUUUAUGGAAAUUAAAUUUCCUUACGCCGUUCUCAAGCGUGAAAAAGAAGACUCUAUGGUUUUCCAAAUGCCACUGGGCUCAACAUCAUUUUCCGAAAUAUUUUUGAUCCUUCGCAAGGAUGCUUUUGAAAUGAACAUCGAGGAUUACUUCAUCACUCGGAAUAUGCGUAUGGGUCUGGAAAUUUAUGUUUAUGAUCGGGAAUUUGAGGAUCCUCGCUACAAUAAUUGAAAGUUAUUAUCGGAAAAUUGCGGAAUAAUU